AUGGAUGAGAUUACUAAAUUUAAAAAUAUAGAAGUCAUAUAUCAUCGUGCAGCGCAACUUCAAAGUCCUCUGAAAAAAAUCGCGGAGGCAAUUCUCAAGUCUGAAGAUCCACCAGAAAAGAAAGCAGCACUGCAGAAUCUGUGCAAUGAGUUUUCGAAUGGCUUAGAGGGUAUAAUAAAUGCUACAAAGGAUUAUGCCGAACGAGGAAGAAUGUUGCGUGAAGCUCGACAAAUAAUUAUCGAAUUAAAAAGUGGCUCACCAACAAUUAUGCGGUCAAACGAACUUAAUAAAGCUAUGAAACUCUUAGAUCAAAGUUUCGAAUGUAAACACCGCUUAUUAUCCGACAUUCACCAAAACGACGUGUUUGAAUAUGUUUUCAGACUUUUGGACAUAGAACAAUUUGUUAAUACACACAAGGUUCCAGAACCAUCUGCUAAGGAAGGAGAAAUUAUGGCAGGCAAGGUUAAUGACGCACCGAAUGAUAAGCCCCCGUUUUACUACGGCAAUGCACCGGAUCGAAAACGUACCGAUGGGCAAUCUUUAUCAGAUACAUUGAAUAUAAUUCGGGCUGACUUGAAUAAAAUAGAUGUUAUAUUACGUGAUCCAUUGAUGGAAGAUAAGGGGUCGGUUGACGCCGUUAAUAACAUAUUAUCAUAUUUCCAUAAAUUUGAAGUCAAAGCACCGGAUUUUGUCAAAUUCGUGUCUCAAUGUCUGGACAAGUUCAGUGAGGAAACACAUUUGUUCAAAAAGAGGGACACUAUCAUUAACCGACUUAAUGCAUUAGAUGUGAAUUCGGAUAAAGCUAUUCCUUAUUUACAAUGGUAUAAGGAAGUAGAAUCACAAAUAUAUGAACUCUUAACUCUCAAAGAGAUCAUAGUGCUAGAGGAUUUACAGCGGGAAGUAUCGCAGGUACUGCAUAAGCUGCCGCACAACCACCACUACCUCUACCACGAAAAUCACGACAACAACCACCACUUCCUCUACCACGAAAAUCACAAGAACAACCACCACUAUCUCAACCACGAAAAUCACAAGAACAACCACCACUACCUAUACAACAACCGCCACUCCAAUCAAUCAAAACACGUAUACCAACAUUGGAUGAGGCGUCACGUGAAUCGGUUGAACAAGAAGGCAGCGGUGGUGCUGUGA